AUGAAGAUCUGUUGCUUCCUUUGUUUGUUCCUGUUCGUCGGAAUCAAUGUUGCAUAUUUUGAUCUCCUCGACUCCGAUGUUCAAUUAGCCAACGGUAAAUCAGCAUAUUCAAGUCGUGAAAAUGUGCUAGACACAAGAAGAAGGAAAUCAAAUGGAAAAUCAGGACGCCGAAGGAGGGUGGCAAAGAAUAAAGAGACUGUAAUAUCAGUUUUAGAAGACAAAGACGAUCCAUCAUCACUCGAAGGUAAGCAGAAAUCAUAA